UGUCCCCUAAUGCUUGAUUGUGACUUCUACCCAAGAGGAGAACUCUCAGAAAAUAGUGUUAGUCCCAUUACGCAAUCCAGCAGAGUUCAGCAGCCUUUUUUGACAUUCUACCUCAUUUUUCCAUUUUAGGCAUUUAAGCACUGCUCAUAUUCAGAAUGGAUUACAAUGAAAACAACAGUAGAUAAGGUUAACAUUUUUAAAUCACCACAAUUUCAAGAAACCAGCAGGAAUAAUUACAAGUGCAUGCUAGCAGUGCUGUAACCACAGACCAUCAUGGUGGACAGAAUUAUGAGAAGAAAAUUAACUUAAAAGAUAUUGCUUUUAGUUUUUACAAGAAUGUAAGAGACAGUCAAGUCAAGUCAAGUACAUAUUAUGUUCUAUUAUCAAUUGAUCUGUAGGAUUCAUCACUAUAAUUAUAUUAUCUUUGCUUUAUGUAUUUUCUAUCCAAACCUACAGAUCGCAAUGAGUGUGAAGAAGAUCCAAGAAUAUGUGGGAAUCACUCAGUGUGCCACAACAACGAAGGCAGUUACUACUGUCAGUGCAAACCUGGGUUUAAAAACAACAAAGCUGCUAACUUCACAGCAGUAAAUGGCCACUGCCAAGACAUAAACGAGUGUACGGAAAACAAUAAGAUCUGCGGUCAGUAUGGAAAAUGUAAGAACCUGAUUGGGACGUACGAGUGCACCUGCAAUUCUGGUUACACUAAUACCAGCAAUACUCUCCAACCCUGCAUAGACAUAAAUGAAUGUGAGGAAGUCAAAAAGACGGAAGACCUCUGUGGACUAAAAGGGACUUGUAAGAAUAUUAAUGGAAGUUACUUGUGCGAGUGUCCAAAGGGAUACACAACCUAUGGCAACGAGAGGACUCCAUGCUCACAGCUCGACUGUAAAGGCUUCCAAGUUGAUAGCGAAUCUGCACAGUCUCUUAAAGGCCUGGCAGACAUUUUAACCAUGAUGAGAACCAGCUGUUUGGCUCUGUCUGACCCAAAUGCUGCUGUUGAAGGGAAGACUAAUGGAGACGCGCUACUGGAGAAACUUCUCACAGCCACCGAUGCCAUCCUGCCCUCUGGUCACCUGGCCCACAGUGAAGACGUGAGUGGUUUGCUCCAAGUGGUGGAGGACUCCAUUAGGCUCAUUGGUCCGCAGCUCAAAGGCAACAUGACCAAGAUGGAUACCUCUGAGACAGAAGCAGCGAUUGCAAUACAGAAGGGAAAGACUCCACCCACUGGACCAAUCCAUCUGACCAAUGAAAAUGCUUCGCUCGAGACUGACUGGGCAACAGCAGCUGGGACAGGAACAUAUCCUGGCUUUGCUCUGGCUGCAUUGUUGACCUACAAGAAUCUUGAGCAAUCUGUUAAUAAAUCCUUUGAUGAGCUCAAAGAUGGUGCCAAUGCCACCCACAUCAAGAUCAACUCUAAAGUAGUGUCUGUUGUGGUCUCCAACCCAUCCACUCAGAACCUGAGCCACCCUGUCAUCAUCACACUCAAAAAUUUGAAUAAGACAGCAGAGCCUCAUGAGGUGAAGUACAUCUGUACAUACUGGAAAGACACGGGGGCCUGGUCCAGAGAUGGAUGCCGUCAACUGCGCUCCAAUGCCACACACACGGUGUGUGAAUGUGAACAUCUGAGCAGCUUUGCUGUGCUUAUGGCCCUCUAUCCAAUGGAGCACCCCUUUGAGCUCAUACUAAUUACAAAGCUAGGGCUGGCCAUCUCCCUGCUGUGUCUGGUACUGUGCAUCCUGACAUUUAAGUUCUGCCGUUCCAUACAAGGGACACGCACCACCAUCCACCUGCACCUCUGCAUCUGCCUCUUCGUGGCUGACAUCGUCUUUCUGGCUGGGAUUUCUCAAACAAAACCUGUGGGUGGCUGCCGCUUUGUGGCAGCAAUGCUCCAUCUCUUCUUCCUGGGAGCGUUUACAUGGAUGCUUCUGGAAGGGGUGCAGCUGUACCGCAUGGUGGUCCUGGUGUUCAAUGCCACCAUUCGGCCCCUAUACUUAUUCAUCGCAGGUUACGGGACACCCCUUGUCAUCGUCAUCAUAUCCGCCAUCAUUAGACCCAAGAGUUACGGCAAUGAGAAAUACUGCUGGCUGUCGCUGGAGGAUGGCUUAAUCUGGAGUUUCUUUGGCCCUGUGUGCGUCAUCAUCUUCGCCAACGUCUUCUUUUUCAUCAUCACCGUUUGGAAGCUCGCCCAGAAGUUCACCAGCCUCAACCCAGACCUCUGCGAACUUAACAAAAUUAAAGCUUUCACAGUGACAGCUAUUGCUCAGAUGUGUAUACUGGGUCUGAUGUGGGUAUUUGGGGCCUUCCUGUUUGAAGAGGGCACAAUAGUGGCGGCAUACAUCUUUACUAUCCUCAACAGCCUGCAAGGAGCGCUGAUUUUCAUCAUGCACUGCCUGCUGUCUAAACAGGUUAGAGAGGAAUACGCCUAUUUCCUCUCCUGUAUCUGCACACCAAAGAAGAAAUACGCAGACUUGAGCAGUACCAACCCCUCCAGUAGUCAGUCACAAGGUACUCAGAGUGGGCAGCACACCGGAGAAUCCCAAAUAUGAAGAUCUCCUAUUCUUCUCCAAAGACAGCCUAUCAUUCCUUUAGCAAAUCAAGUGCUGACAUUAAAGGUCAGAAUAGGUUGAAAUAAAAGUCCAGUCAUUAUUAAUUUACCUUUAUGAAUUAAACUUGUUAAAGGUACAGCAGGAACUUCAUUAUCCAGAACAAAAAAACUAAAUUGUCUUUAGUCUCAUAUGUCUCUUUUUGAGAGUUUUACCUCCCCAGACCUCAAUUUGAGAAGAAAUCACCACUCUUGGUUUGAUCUGCUCAACUCUCAUUGACAUUU